AUAAAAGCUUGUUAUACAUUGUACAUUAUCUAACAAUUAAUUACAUUUGUAUCAUUGAACGGUUAUCAGUCUGAAGGAUGAAACGAUAAAGUGACAACAGGUAAGAAAAACACUGGUCGAUGUAUGUGAGGAAAACUACAAGUAGAUUUCAGUUGUUAUCAUGCAUGAAAGAAUUAUAUUCAGCAUUGCAAUCUGUUUAUGCAACAUAAUUCUUUAUGAAGCUGGAAUCCAAGUGACCAGUGUAGAAUCAAAGAUAACAGUAGAUCUGGAUGAUUUUACUCAAAUACAUGUUCAGUUUUCCCAAACACCAGUUUCAGUAUACUGGAUAAACCAGAAUUUGAAUGGAUCUAAAACCACAGUUACAAUGGAUGGAAUCCAAUACUUUAAUUCGCCUAUUACGGAUCUUACCAUAAUGUCGGUAGGUCCUAACGACUGGGGUUUUUACGAUUGUUUUGCCUCUGACGGAGUUAAUAUUUAUCAUCUUGAACAACCUGUGUUACUUUUUCAGUCAGGUACUCCGUCCGUAACAUCAUCCAUGACAUCUCUGUAUAUUGACCCGAUCGGUCAAACAAUCGAACUGAAUAGUGGCUACUCUGAUAUUCACGUCCCAUCCAAUCCUAAUAUAAAACCUGAUGUCACAUGGCUUCAUUGUGAUAUAUCUGAUGUCUGUAGUCGUAUAGACAAAGGAAACACUUUGAAAUAUUCCGGCAGUAAUGUAACACAUCCGUCACUAACCAUUCUUAACUAUGCUGAAGAUGAUUUUGGUACUUAUUGGUGUCAGGUGGAAAAUGAAGUGGGUACUUCUAGCAGUUACGAAAUAAAACUAACAGGAACAGUAAAUGCAACGGUGGAAACAACAACAAAACCAGACUCAACUUUGAUCUCGAAUGUUACUACAGGACAAUGUGGAGGCUACAAUUCAGAUGUAAAGGCUAUCUUUAUUCAAUAUGUAGGUGCAAAGGGUUCGAUUGGAUACAUAGAAGAUAAGAUAAAUGUACCAAGCAGUAUAAGAUGUGCUUUGUAUUGUUUACAAUGCGACAACUGUAAUGGGUAUAAUUAUCAGAAAACAACCGGAACCUGCCAGUUGUUGCAGUCAAUGCUGUCCAAUUAUGUUACCAGUAAUAGCUGGGACUUUUUCUUUCAACAAAUGUGAAGACUGAAGACUAUUUCCGUGAUAAAAGAUUUGAACAAAUUUCGUAAACUAUAUGGACACAUCAAUUCUAUCGACCUUUUUUAUGCUAGCACGGAACUGCACGCCAGUGCAGUUUUUGAUCUUUCUACUAGAUGGAUUUUUAGUGUACUUUGACAAACUUUGAAGCAGCAUCAAGACUUAAAACAGCUCUAAAAGCACAUUUCUUUAGUAAAUAUGUUUUCUUCUAAUAUAUUUUUUCUAGUGAUUUUUUUUUUAUCUUAGACAUGUUAGAUCAU